CCGAGACAUUAUUGCGAUCAGUUAACGUCUGAACGCCGAUUUAUCCAAAUAUACUUGACGAUUCCAGUAUUCGGUUCUCUAACCAUGGCUAAUUGCAAUCUGGUUAAAGUAUUUCUGUUGGUAACAUUACUCGGCCUAAGUCUUAUGCCAUUUUGCCAGGCACAUCCAAAACGCGGUCGUAAGCGUGCCUUUGGUGUGGGUCUUUUGGGUGGAGCUUUAGCUGGCGCUGUCAUUGGCAACGUUGUGGCCAAGUCUCAACAGGCUCCCGCUGCCGCUCCUGCUGCUCCGGUAGCCGUAGUGCAUCACCACUAUCCGCCAGGUGCUCCUGCAGCACCUGCUCCGGCAUCCCAGCCAGAUCCCAAAAAGAUGACUGUCAUCGAAACUGGCACACCCGAUGCCAACGGAUGCUACACGCAAACUAUUCGGGAACCCAAUCCCAGCAAUCCAAAGUCCUAUACGGAGACACAGCACCUGAUCUGUCCCACGCUGCAGCAGGCCAACCAGCCUGCACCAGCAAUCGCUCCAAGUAUUGCCCAGGUUCCUGUGAUGCCGCAGCCCUCACCAGUUUUCCCUGCGGUAUCUCCAGCUGCUGCUCCGGCCAAUGUUGCUCCAGCUCCUGCUGCUCCUGUUGCUCCGGCUGCCCCAGCUGCCCCUGUGGUGCCUGUCGCUCCAGCUGCCCCUUCUGUUGUUCCUGUCGCUCCUGUCGCCCCUGUAGUGGUUCAUCCUGCUGCCCCCAUACUCGUCCAUCCUGCUCCAGUUCCAGUGGCAGCUCCAGCUCCGGCCCCGAUUGCUCCCGCAGUUCAGCAAAAUCCUGGUCAGCCACAGGUUAUCCUACUCUCAAAGAAAACCGUUUAUUAUCCCAAAAAGCGAUCAUCUGCACCCACACUGAAUACUCCGCAGGGAGUGCUAGCCAUGCUAGUGAUUUUCUACUCAAUCAAGGCUUUUACACUUUAAGAAAUUAAUUAAUUUAAGAUCCAAAACUCUUUUAUUGGCGGUCUUGUUUUUUGCACCUAAUAAAACUUUAAAAAUG